AUGUUCGCUGUUCCGGGCAUAAGGGAGAUCAGUUCCUCCGACUACCCUGGCGGCGAGGCAUGGUACCCUUUCAUGAUGUGGUACCCCUACGUCGCCAACUUCGUCUCUGUGGUGUUGGUCCUCAUCGCGUUUUAUGAUUUCUUCCAAGUCCCAGAGCAGAUUUGCGCAGCACCCGACCUGAGUGUCCCGUCGUCAACAGUGUCAGAGGUGCUCGCCCUGUACAGGAGCAAAUCCGACGGAGUGAGCAGGCCUGUAUGGGUAGCAUGCAUGAUUGUACUUACAUCGUUGAUAUGCUUUGCAUUGGGUCCACUGCGGGACAGUGCCCUUGCAGCUGGCAGCACAACAUAUCCGCGCAUUACAGAUUCAAGCAGGAACGGGGCGUAG